UUCUUAUCAAAGUUACUCUAUUCUCUACAACACCGUAACAAGUCUUCCAAACAAUCAAAUACCAAUAACCCCAAACGCAAUCUUCUUUAAUAACCCACAUUCAUCAUGACUGGACGUAAGUAUCCUCUUCCCCACUCUCUGCCUUACAUCUCACUGUCAUUCAGUUGGAUCCAUGCCUUCUGCCUCUCGUCACGUCCGAUUUACUAACGCGUCUCUUUUACAGGCGGAAAGGGUGGCAAGGGUCUCGGAAAGGGUGGUGCUAAGCGUCAUCGCAAGAUUUUGAGAGACAACAUCCAAGGCAUAACUAAGCCAGCUAUCAGACGUCUCGCCCGUCGUGGUGGUGUCAAGCGUAUCUCAGCUAGUAAGUUACCACUUCUUCGCACCUCUCAUAACGCGUCUAAUAUUUUCACUUAGUGAUCUACGAGGAAACCCGUGGUGUUCUGAAGACAUUCUUGGAAGGUGUUAUCCGCGACGCAGUCACCUACACUGAGCACGCCAAGAGAAAGACAGUCACAUCCCUCGACGUUGUUUACGCACUCAAGCGCCAAGGACGUACUCUCUACGGUUUCGGUGGUUAAAAUGGUUGCAUGUUUACGGUUCUUUUCUACGUCUAUUAUGAAUUUUCUUCCUCGACUUGUUGUGUCGGAAGAUGGGUGUGUUACGGGAAUGGGUUCUUUGCUUUCAGGUGUUUAUUGUAUCAUAAGGAUAUUGGGGUAUUCCGGCAUGGUUGGUCCAUGAGAUAAUCAAAACCAUCAACACAAACAGUUCUUCAUCUUCAUAAUCUCCGU